CUGAUGUUCAUGGAUCGCUUCUUGAUGUCAACAACCUCCUCUUGACGGAGAUUGCCAUUUGAUUGCCACCUUUUCCAAUCCUACUCGCUAUAGACAGGCCCGGCAUCGCCUGCUAACUUGAGGGCGUCGACCAUGAUUGUCACUCCAUGAAAUCGCCAACGUAAAGCCGCUACCACAGAGGCUGUCAAGAGUCACCAUUCUUCUACAACGAAUAGAGAGUAAGAAGCAGGAUUCUGUUUUAUGAUUUUUUUUUGAUUUUCUGAUUUUCUCUGAUGACAACCACGAUCGAGGUGCCCCCGGACGAUAGAUUUUCAAAACGCAGAUUUGGCAAGUCCAUCCAAAAACCGGCCCUUCAGCCUCCUGACAUCCAACUCCCACCGAAUCCCGCGGUUCAUGAGCCCGAAUUGAAGUGUCGAUUGCCAACUUAAGCUGGGACCAAUCGCAACCAGAACUUCGCUCAAUACCCAAGUUCAGCUUCCACACCUCCCACCUGAAACUCCAUGCACAUAUGAUCAGAGCGCUCAUAAACCACCAAUUUCGACCAAGCGUCUCCCAACACUUGAUGGUGAUGCAGAUGUGACGGGUCUGCAAGCACACUAUGGUUCGUCCCUCUGACCCCGUACUGUCAUGAUGUGUCACCUCCUCUCGCCGACAACAAGCCAUGUCUGGUGGUAUCCCCCAAUACCCAUGGUGUUCAACGAACAACCGUGCUUGUGUCUACAGACUUGGUUCAAACAUCAGACCAAAAGCAGCUUCCUCGCGCAGACAACAAGCAACUGGUACCCCCCAAUACCAAUCGGCCUUCAGAAGUUCAGAAGAACAGCCGUGCUUGUGCCUUUGAGACUCAGCCCCAACAACACCACAACCACACCUACCAGCAGCAACAUCGCACCUGAAAGAUGCAAGCCUUUUCUCUCGGACAACAAGCCAUGAAAAGAUGGUGGUACCGCCCAAUACCCAUUGGCCUUCAGAAGUUCGGAAGAACAGCCGUGCUUGAGUCCAAGAGAUCUAGGCUUCGACAUGCCACACCCACACCCACACCGACAACCACACCCGCCACACCACAUCCGCAAUACCGCAUCUGAAGAAUGGCUAGCCUCCUCUCCAAGACGACAAGCAAUCAAAUUGGUACCCCCCAAUACCAAUUGGCCUUCAAAGGAUCAGAAGAACGACCGUGCUUGUGUCCAGGAGAUUCAGCUCUCCAACCUCAGACCAUCCACACCUCAACCACCAUCAACACCUCAACAACUACCGUGAGCCUCAAUGAUGCGUCAUCACCUCUCGCGGAAGACCAAGCCAUGUCAGGUGGUACAGCCAAGUACCCAUAGUGUCCAAAUGAACAACUGUGCCUCUGUCCUCGAGAGGUGAUUCGCCAUGAGACCACCACCACCAACUCCAGCAACUACCAAGCCCAACAACCACCAAACCCUCACCUCGUCCUCCUCUUCACCACACCCAUAUCCCUCCAUCAUCAUCAACCACCACCACCACCAUCAACCACCGCCACCAUCAACCACCACCACCAUCAACCACCACCACCAUCAACCACCA